GGGGAAAAGAAUCUGCUGAAACGCGCGGCACGCGUGAGUUGUGAAAGUUGAGACGCCUCAGAAAAACGCAACCCUUUUUUGGGCUUUGGCUUUUGCUGCAAACAAAAGGCGACGCGGCUGGGAUCUAGCACGCUAGCGAGCGAGAGAGACGCACAUCUAUCUGUCAAGCGACGCCGCGGCCUCGAUCAGAGUCGGAGGCGAACACCCCCAUGGCGGCGGCUGGCGGCGGCGCAGGAGGGAAGGUAUCCUUCAAGAUCAUCCUCACCUCCGACCCCAAGCUCCCUUUCAAAGUGUUCAGCGUGCCCGAGGCGGCGCCCUUUACCGCGGUGCUCAAGUACGCCGCGGAGGAGUUCAAGGUCCCGCCCCAGACCAGCGCCAUCAUCACCAACGAUGGAAUUGGCAUCAACCCCCAGCAAAGUGCAGGCAACGUGUUUCUGAAACAUGGUUCGGAGCUGCGUCUCAUCCCUCGCGAUAGAGUUGGAGCUGUAGUCAUGUCUUCCGGUUAGAGGAUAUAUACAGUCCAAUGCAUAAUGAGCAAAACUUGAGAGAAAUAAAGCUUUGAUGUUGGCCUUGCUUGGCUGUAGGAUGUUGUUACAAGGAUAAUAAGCGAACCUUACCGUACA